UUGUUAUGCAUUGAUCAAUCUCGUCUCCUUUGGUAUUUGCAUCACGAUCGAGAGCGUUGCCGCCGUCACCGAACAAAGAUUUCUUGUUAACACAUCACCAUGGCGAUCGACGGAGGUGGAGCUGCGUACACCCGCUUUGCGGAAGAAAUGGACAUUGAUAGGCUAGAUCUGAAGAUUCGCGACAACUACAGUGGCUACGGUCGGUGGCCAGCCUUUAGGAGGUGGUGCAGCGAACACAGGAAGACUAUUGGCCUUAUCGCUUUCGCCUUGUGCCUUUUCUUCGUCGGGAUUGUGAUUGGACAUUUUUUGCACUAUGCGGUCGUGGAGCACUGCGAAACGCAAACGCAAAAUGAGACCCACACUGUAUCGGUGCCAACUCCGACGGAACCAGCCCCUCAUAGUAAUUACAGUAACAUCCUACAUACCCUUAUCAGCAAGGAUACGUUGGAUUCAUAUCUAAAGCGAUACACACAGGGGCCUCAUUAUGCGGGCUCUCCCAAUAGCGAACAGAUAAUAUCAAGCAUAAAAAAUGCCUGGGGUAGUGCAGGAGGAUUUAAGGUUUACACCAAGAAAUACCAAGUCCAACUGUCCAGACCAAACAGGACCCAUCCUACCCGCUUUGAUACAUAUGGUACAAGUACAUGUGAUGAUUGUUUUACCACUACAUACUACCCUAAUGAUGACCCAGAGAACAAUCUGCUACCAGGCUUCAAUCCUUACGCUGCAAACAUAGAAGUUGAGGCACAGCUGGUUUAUAUCAACUAUGGAACAUGGCGAGACUUCAUAACGUUAACGCGCAAAGCCAUAAUAAAGGUUAAAGGGAACAUAUGCCUCGUCAGGCAAGGCAAACUGAACAUUAGAUUGAUCGCCAGAGCAUGUAGCCAUCACGGUGGGAUAGGGCUAGUGGUGUUCCCUGACACCCUUCACUACACCCCAAACAUCACCGAAGAUGCUGACCCCAACACCUGGUGGCUACCGGUCGAUGCAACCAUUCGAGACCAGGUCAGAAUGGCCUUUGGUGACCCCCUGACACCAUUCCUGCCUUCUCUCGAGUAUGGAUCUGUGAAUGAUUCCGCUUCAAAUCAAGAGUAUGGAUCUGUGAAUGAUUCCGCUUCAAAUCAAGAGAAUGGAUCUGUGAAUGAUACAAAGCAACAAGAAACUAUUUCUGAGACUUUCUAUGAUGCCAUGGACUUUCCUAUACAGACCAUAGGCUACGAGCAGGCCAGACGAUACCUCACCAAAAUGGCCCCUCCCGUAGCACCCGAGGACUGGCAGGGAAUCAAGCUCAGAAACCACACCUUCAAAGUGGGACCGGGGUUCCACUCCCACGACCAGAAAUUCAAGAUGACGGUCAACAACGUUCUCUUGACGGAAACCAUCACCAAUAUCUUUGGGAUGAUCAAAGGAGAAGUGGAGCCAGAUCGAUAUGUGAUUGUUGGAAACCAUAGAGACUCAUUGACCUAUGGGGGAGUAGAACCGGGAACCGGAACAGCCAUUUUGAUGGAACUUGCGCGUGUACUGGGAGGACUCUAUAAGGAGCAAGGAUGGAGGCCGAGAAGGAGUAUUAUUCUAGCCAGCUGGGAUGCAGGAGAUGAUGGAAAUAUUGGAUCAGCAGAAUGGGUGGAGGAAAAUGUUGAGGUGUUGAGAGAGAGAACUGUGGCCUAUAUAAACCUUGAUGGAGCUGUCGAAGGGAAUUACACCUUUUCAGCUACAGGAAGCCCUCUGUUGAGUAAGAUCAUACACUAUGCAACCAAAAGGGUUAAUUGCCCUGAUGCUUCUCAUUCAAAGAUGAAAAUCUAUGAUAACUGGGCGAUGAAAAAGCCCAGCCAACUAGGAGCAGAGAUUGAACCUCUUGGAAUGGGUAAUGAUGCUGCACCUUUCCUACAUGUUGCUGGAGUGCCUGUCUUGGAUCUCAAAUACACAUAUGAUAAGGAGUAUUACGGAGGCAUUCCCACGUACCCUGUGAAGCACACGGCCUAUGACACGUACGACUAUGUGAAGCGCUUCAUCGAUCCUGACAUGUCGAUACACGUUGCUGUGACUGAAGUGGUUGCUGAGGCGCUUCUCUCGCUAGCAGAUGAUCCUCUGCUGCAGAUUAACGUGGUGGAUUAUGCGACCAAGCUGGUAGAAUACCUCAGAGAACUCAAGAAGGCCAACUUUACUGUCCCCCUCGAUGAAGGACUAGGUCAUUUGAAUGAUGCUAUACAGAGGUUUGUUAAAGCUGCCCAGGACUUCCAAAAAGAUUACUACAUUCCUCCUGCACAAGAUCAAACCCUUUUGCGUGAGGUGAAUGACAGAGUAAUGUCUGUAGAGAGAGCGUUCGCAGGGGAUCCUGGGAACUACUAUCUACCGCAGCUCAGACAUGUGGUAUAUGGCCCUUCAAGGUCGGGCUAUGAAGGUCAAGGUUUUGGUCCUUUGACCAGAGCACUGUACAUGGCUAAAUGGACCAAUAGCUGGGACCUGGUCCAACCCGCCCUCUCUGGAACUAUAGCACGAAUUGAAGCUGCGGUUCAUCUCUUGACCGGAAGCCCAUUAGGAACCGUCACACUACCCUAAAUCAAAAUGAUGGUGUCGGUAAUAUAUCUUCACUUUUUCCUCUCUGGAACUAUUGCACGGAUUGAAGCUGCGGUUUAUCUCUUGACCGGAAGCUCAUUAGGAGCCAUCACGCUCCCCUAGAUCAAAAUGAUGGUGUCGGUAAUAUAUCUUCACUUUUUCCUCUCUGGAACUAUCCACGGAUUGAAGCUGCGGUUUAUCUCUUGACCGGAAGCUCAUUAGGAGCCAUCACGCUCCCCUAGAUCAAAAUGAUGGUGUCAGUAAUAUAUCUUCACUUUUUCUUCUUUGGAACUAUCGCACGGAUUGAAGCUGCGGUUCAUCUCUUUAACUGGAAGCCGUUUGGCUCUCUUACUUACCUACGUGUAGAUCAAAAUGAUUGUGUCGGUAAUAUAUCUUCACUUUUGCUCAGUCACAUUC